CAUCCUGGUCUCUAGCUCCCCCAUAUUCUCAGGUGGACUCACCAGCAGCCACUGCUCAUGAUGGAGGCCAUCAAGAAGAAGAUGCAGAUGCUGAAGCUGGACAAGGAAAAUGCUCUGGAUCGUGCAGAGCAAGCUGAGGCUGAGCAGAAGCAGGCAGAAGAAAGGAGCAAACAGCUGGAGGAUGAGCUGGCAGCCAUGCAGAAGAAGUUGAAAGGGACAGAGGAUGAGCUGGACAAGUAUUCCGAAGCUUUGAAGGAUGCCCAGGAAAAACUAGAGCUGGCAGAAAAGAAAGCAGCUGAUGUGAGUAUUAGAAGCAAGAAGUGA